AACUCUCCUGUGGACACAUUUGGGGGGCAGGUUGAGCCAGAAUGCCCUAUCAGCUUGUAUGCUGGUCAGGUUGAGAUCAGCCAAACUCUGAGCCAUGUGAAGCAAGUGUGUGUGUGGGGUACACUGAUUUGGCGGAAGGGAAGGUGCCUGGAGCAGGGACUCCUUUUCACCUGUGCUUGCUCUCUUGACAGCUGCUUGUGCUGUUCUUUUCAGCCAAGAGAAAGAAUUGAGCUAAAAGGCAGAGACAGCCCUGCUUUCAGUGUAUGCCUCCCCUAGCUGGCCAUCAGGUCAGGCAGUGCACUUAGCAGGGCUGAAACAGUUGUAUUUUGCUAAAUAAAACUCUGACAGGAAACAGAAGAGAGUGUUUGUUUUGUUUCAAGUCCCAAAGGAGCUGUGAUGUUAUUCGCUGGUAGAGUAGACUGGCCCUGUUUUCAGACAGUUUGUAUGUCUGGAGUAUCUCUUUCUGGGUAGAUGCUGUGGCACUUUUGUGUUGAAGGCAGUUGCUGGGAUCUUGGCUCUCAUACCACUUAUUCAAACAAGGAGCAAAAGCAAGAUCUGCAACUCACUCACCAAGGUCUUGCUGUGACUUAUUGAGAUUCUGUAGGAACAUCUAAGAGGGCUCAACUUUUUGCAGCAGCCUUCUGAACCUGACCAGAACUGAAUCUCCCAGCUGUAUCUUUCAUGUAUUCUGUGCUGUCUGAAUGAUUAUGGAUGUCUGUGGAUGAGUGCAGUAUUUCCUGGGAUCUGGUCCUGCCUGGAGAAGGAGGUGCAUGAACUCUAUUAGGCUGUGAGUUUGGGUAUCCUGGAUAGGUAGAGGAGAGUUUUUGUAUCACAAGCUGGCAGCACCUUUAGGGUAAAGCAGCCAGCAUGGUGCUUUGUUAUGACUUGAAAGGCAAUUUCUGCUUUCAAGAGGCUGCUUUUCUCUUGUGAUCCACAGUGAUUGGAAGAAGAUGUGCAUUGGAGCCCCUGUUGGAGCAAGGAGGGAGUGGGAUCAACCAGGUUCUCAACUGCUUGAAGACAGCCCUCCACUCCCAGUGGAUGUGAGACAGCAACUCAGGGUGCAAAUGAGGCUUGCACUGGGGCACGUUGGGGCCCAGUCCUGCAAAGGAUGUGGUUCAGCUACCCUUGAGUUGGCCAGUGGCUCCUGUCACCAUGUUCACCUCCGUGUCAUGCAAAUGAAGGCAGCUGCAUCUGAGUUCCUUUACUCUGCACAACAGCCCUGUAUCCUGCAUGUCACUUUGCAUGUGGCUGGUCAUAAGGAAGCAGCUCUUCACCCUAUUUCAAACGCUGUGCCUGCUCAAGCCUAAGCACUGAAGCUGUUUGCAGAGAAACCAGAGCCGCCAGAACAUCCUUUUAACAGCACGGAGGACCCUGGGCAACAGCACAAGAGGGAGCUGCUUCCAAGCACAUUUCGGGCAGCUCCAUGGAUUCUGAGAUACAAUGACUACUGUGUCUCAGGAAGAGGAUGGGAAGCUCUAGCUUCAACAGGUCUGCAAAGCAGCUGCAGCUUAACGUCUCCCCAGGGGAGCGAGGCACAGCCGGGCCUAUGGAACCACGAGGGAUUGUCAAAGCCUUUCCCAAGAGGAAGAAGGUGAGGGAUGACUCGGGAAAAAGUGUCCCUCCAAAGAUCCCAAAAGAAGGAAUGGAGGAGCCCGAGGCAGAGUGGCUGAAACCAGUCGCUGCCUACGUGUUGCAAGCUGGCAUCGGCCAAGCUAGGGCAGAGAUCUUCCACAAGCAGAUUGUCCAGAAUGGGGGAUGUGUACACAACCGUCUCUGCUCGGAGGUGACGCACGUCAUUGUAGCUGAAGAUAUGGACUGUGAUCGGGCCUUCCGGCUCCUGAAAUUAGCCAAGCUGCCUUCGAGGUUGCAGCUGGUGAAGGCAUCCUGGCUCAGUGAUUGCAUUAGAGAUCAGAAGCUGCUGAAUACCACUGGCUACAGUGUCUUUAUCCCUCGGAGGGGUCUGAUCCAUGGCAGGUACCGGGAAGAGGGAGAACAGCAGCAGCAGCUCCUGGGCAGCGAAGAAAUCCGGUCCUCAACAGAGGAGAGUACAGCAGAACCAAAUGCUAAAGCACAGCUGGGGGAUUCCUCACAGCAAAACCUGGACAGCCUUGCACAGCACCAACCAUCUGAGAGUUCAGGGCGUAUCUCCUGUGAUCUGCAUCGUGGGGUGGAAGGCACAGGGACUGAAUGUGAGAGAGGUGCCUAUACAGACACCAGUUCAACAAAAGUCUAUGAUGAUGAAGACAGUGAAGGAGAAGAUGCUAGUGUCACUCAGGGAGAUCUGGAAGCGCUGAUUUCUGGCCACUAUCCUGUGAAAUUGUCAGAGGAGACCAGCGACAGCUCUUCCGCAGUGGCCCAGCCUGCCAGCAAGUGGGUUUGUGCACAGUCCUCCAACAGCAAGAAGGAGAAUCACAACCAGUGCAUCACAGAGAAGCUGGAAGUGCUGGCGAAAGCCUAUUCUGUCCAGGGGGACAAGUGGAGAGCUCUGGGCUACGCUAAAGCCAUCAAUGCACUCAAAAGCUACCACAAACCGGUCACCUCCUACCAGGAAGCCUGUAAAAUUCCUGGGAUUGGGAAGCGAAUGGCAGAGAAGAUCCUGGAGAUCUUGGAGAGUGGACAUCUACGCAAGCUGGAUCAUAUCAGUGAGAGUGUGCCUGUGCUGGAGCUAUUUUCCAACAUCUGGGGAGCAGGGGUCAAGACAGCUCAGAUGUGGUACCAGCAGGGGUUCCGGACACUGGAUGAUAUCCGCACAAAGGCGUCUCUCACCAGCCAGCAAGCCGUGGGCCUGAAGCACUAUGAGGAUUUCCUGGAGCGCAUGCCUCGGGAGGAAGCUGCAGAAAUAGAGCAGACCGUCAGACAAGCAGCCCUGGCCCUGAAGCCUGGGCUUGUGUGUGUGGCAUGUGGCUCCUACCGUCGGGGAAAGGCCACCUGCGGAGAUGUGGACGUGCUGGUCACUCACCCGGAUGGUCAGUCUCACCGUGGGCUGUUCAGCAAGCUGCUUGACAGCCUCCACGAGAGCGGCUUCCUUACUGAUGACCUGGUGAGUCAGGAGGACAACGGUGAUCAGAAGAAGUAUCUGGGGGUGUGCCGCCUUCCUGGGCCGGCCCGUCGUCACCGACGUCUGGACAUCAUCGUGGUACCUUACAGUGAGUUUGCCUGCGCCCUGCUCUACUUCACCGGCUCGGCUCACUUCAACCGCUCCAUGCGCGCCCUGGCCAAGACCAAGGGCAUGAGCCUCUCAGAGCAUGCCCUCAGCAUGGCUGUGGUGCGAGGCCCUGGUGGUGUCAAGGUGGCAUCUGGCCAUGCUCUGCCCACCCCGACCGAGAGAGAUGUCUUCAUUCAGCUGGGGCUGCCUUACCGAGAGCCCUCGGAACGGGACUGGUGACUCUGGUUGUCACCCAGCACUCCGAGCUGUGCUGAUGUUUUGAGGGGUGCUGGCUUCUCCAGUGCUGUUCUGUGGUGACUGUGAAGUGGCUCCUUGCAAACUGGGGCCCUGCUGCUAGCAGAGCUUUGUGGCUUCACCCAGCAGAGGGCGUGGGCUGGGAGCGGGCUGGAAGCUGGUUGGAAGGGCUGCCCGGUGUCGCACGUCUGCCUGUGCCCGGCUCUCAGGCAGCCCCUGGCUACUGAAGGGGCUCUGCCUGUCAGCUAACCCUGGCCUGGCUCUCCUUAGGGAAGCUCCAGAAGGCUGGCUUGGAGAGCAUUAUGACAAAAGCCCUCCUGGUGCUUGGGAACUGGAGAAGAGGGAUGCAUCUUCCUCUCUGUGUGAGCACAGAUGCCCCAUAAUCUCUGUCCUGAGCUGUGUAUGAAGGCAACAGGGGUCUUGCCUGGCCUGGAAAUGAGCCCCUGUCCUCUGCUUGCUGCUGCUGGCAACUGCUACUGUGAGAACUGCAAAGGGUCUCCCUGUGCUGCUGCCAUGUCCUCCUGCUGUCUGACUUGUGCUGUCCAGUGGGUCUCAUUGCACAGUGCCAGGCAGCUUCCCCUGGUGCCAGGUGAGCCCUGAGGAAUGUGUAAAAACCCAGUGUGCUCUGUCUGCAAUGUCCUCAGUCCAUCAUGUGCUGAGCAUCCUGCAGUGCAGAGUGCUGUGAUCCUCCUGGCCUGGGCACAAGGGCUCCUUUCCCUUCUGUGCAGGAAAGGAGUGGCCCUUGGGCUUCAGGGUGACUGUGCUCAGGAUUGUAAUGACGCUGAAUGUAACCUGGUAAGGCUGUGUUUGGUGCAUGCAAGGCAUGGAGGCAGAGAGAAACAUGGAUAAUUCAGUGUUAAUCUGGGCAAAGCAGAGCUUUCUCAUUUUGUGUGUGUGAUGACCAGGAAGUCACCUGGUCUAUACUGAUCAGAGCGUGUGUGCGUGUGUGUACAUGUACAGGUGUGCUAACCCCUUCUAUUCCAAGGGAGUGAAUUUUGUUUCUCAGGAAACCUCAAUUAUUUUUAUAUUCUGGAGAUGAAUUUUGCAGAGGCUUUCAGUGCUCUGCAGCAUCAGCUGCUGGUGAGGCCAGGGUGAGUGUUCCUGCCUCAGUCUCUGGGGCUGACCUGGCUUUACACUCCCUUAUCUUGUAGGGGACCUGGCCACCCCCACUCUGCACUUUGCUGCAUCUUUGUCACGUGCAGGGAUGAGCUGUGUUUGCUGCCAGGGCAGCCACUGGGGCUUCAAACCUGGCUGCUGUGGCUGUUGAGCACCAGCAGUGGUAUUUGCUGGGGAGGACUUGACCCGGGUGCUGUCCUUGAUGCAGAGCCCAGCCCUUCUGCAGAACACCUGAUGGAAAUGAAUGUCUUCUGGCAUGUCUUGGUGCUUUGAAACAUGAAGUGUAAUAAAUCCCUUAUCUCUUUUUCCUCUUA